UUUGUGGUCCAUCACUUGGGUGGAGGCUGACAGGUGAACAAGGUGAAUGCAAUAUAAAAAGGCCAGCUUUGGAAGAGAGCACAUAUUGUACAAAACAUAGACUUGAGUACGGAAAACAAAUCACAUUUUAACAAGAUAUUUUAAGCUGUUAGCUUUCAAGAGGAAAUUAUAUUUCAAGCAAUAUGAAGUACUUUUUCCUGGCGCUGCCUUUCCUGACUCUGCUGGGAUUUCCCUUUUCCAAGCAUGCGCUGCUAAUGUCUGCAGCAAAAGGACCCAAUUCUACCUCCAAUUUAUCCCCGGGUACUAAUACCGCCACAACUGACAGUGAGACUAACAGCAACAGUGGCUCUGGCAGCGGCACCCAGGCUUCCACCAGCACGAUGACCACAGCCGCAGGGGUAUCAUCAACCAAGGACAUGAGGACAACCACUGCAUCAACAGGUCUGAGUACUACCACUACUGACAGUAAGACUAGCAGCAACAGUGGCUCUGGCAGCGGCACCCAGGCUUCCACCAGCACGACGACCACAGCCACAGCGGUAUCAUUAACCAAGGUCAUGGGGACAACCACUGCAUCAACAGGACUGAGUACUAAAACUACUCGCAAUCAGACCAGCAACAGCGGCUCUGGCAGCGGCACCCAGAGUGGAGAGAGCCACAUCGUCACCUUUGUGGUUCUGCUGUUGGGAUCUUUUGCUUUUCCAGCCAUGGUGUAGUGAGCAAUCUGGAGCCUCAGAGCCAAAACUAGACUACAAUGCUAUUUAUAAAACAGGAAAUCUGAGUUGAUUGUAUUUAGUUGUAGAUGAUGGUAGUGAAAGAGCUAACCUAUAGCAUCUCAACAGAUAUGUGUGUAAGUCAUAAGGUGAUUUAUAGAGCACUUUCCACAGUGGAAAGAGUGCAAUGCCUAAUGAUACGUAAAGGAGAAUCGUCUGUAUUUUUAAAAGCACCUCAAAGCAUAUUUUGGCACAUUUCAGUUGUUUUAUUUCAAAGGUGACAUGCCCUUACACAUCUUUACACUAUUGUACCCAUAACCUGUUUAUUUUCUUGUGUGAUACUUGAUGUAUAAGUUAAGUCAAAUUUUACCUGUAGACAUGUUAUAAUAUAGUGAUGUCUGUUGAAGAUUUCCGUCUGUAUUAGUAUAAUUAUUUGCACAAUUUACAAUAAUUAUUUGAUCUUUAUGCAUUAAUGUGUGAAAUAGAUUCAACAUAAAACACUAUCUAACAUAAAUGGUAAUAAA